UAGCUAUAUCAGUUGUGACUGCCUGAGCUGAUUGUUGCUUUCUGUCAUGUUUCCGUGUCGAUUUCUAUUUCAAACGGAGCCUUGCUGCUUGAAAUAGUCAGACUGUAUGUAACGUUAUCUAUCUGAAAUGUAAUGUUUCGGGUGGAUUUCAGCAGUGAUUUGGGUGCGGCACUGUGUUUGGAGAAGAAGGGGUUUGCGCUGUGACGGUGGACUUUUUUGCCUUUUGUAUUUCCUUGCCUGUUGUGGACAUUUUGGAUUGCUAUUUUAUUUUUUUUAGUUUUACGUUGAUUCUAACCGCUUCAAAGGAAUAUAGGGUCACUUUUAUGAAACGAUAGUACGAUUUUGUCAGUGCCUCCUACUUAGACCUUGUUUUCUAUCUACAAGAAAACUUUAAACAACAAAUAAGUUGGGGAGGGGAUUGAUGCAGGCGAAAGAAUGCGUUAGCAAGCUAAUCAGUUAGCUUAUUUCUGUUCCGAACCUGAAGCUAGCUGAUGUAGCUAGCCACAUAUCAAAGAACUGAGGCGAGGUAAUCCGUCUGCUCAAAUGACUCCUUGACUGAAGAAUGUCAACCUCUUGUUGAGGAUUUUAACUCAUACCCGGACAUCAAUCAUUGAAUGAGGACGAACCACUGAAACCAAGAUCUAAGAUUCCAGCAAAGACGAGCACCUGUGCACGUGUGAUCCCUUCACCCCAGCACCGUAACCCUGCAGAGCUGCGCGUAAAUGAGAAGAGGUGCUGGGUGGUAGGGUGUGAUCACUAAUCCGCCGAGGAUGUCGAGCAAGCGGAGCCUGCUGGUGCGGCUGGUGCCCUGUCGGUGCCUGCGCGGCGAGGAGGAGGCGGUCACCUCGCUCGACUACUCCCACUGCAGCCUGGAGCACGUGCCCAAGGAGAUCUUCAGCUUCGAGAAGACCCUGGAGGAGCUCUACCUCGACGCCAACCAGAUCGAGGAGCUGCCCAAACAACUGUUCAACUGCCAGUUGCUCUAUCGGCUGAGUAUGCCUGAUAAUGACCUGACGAUGUUGCCCGCAGCGAUUGCCAACCUCACCAACCUCAGGGAGCUGGAUGUCAGCAAGAACAGCAUCCAGGAGUUCCCAGAAAACAUCAAGAACUGCAAGGUUCUGGCCAUAGUGGAGGCCAGUGUGAAUCCCAUCUCCAAGCUUCCCGAAGGCUUCACUCAACUCCUCAGCCUCACACAGCUCUACCUGAAUGACGCUUUCCUAGAGUUCCUUCCAGCCAGCUUUGGCAGGUUAACCAAAUUACAGAUCCUGGAACUGAGAGAAAACCAGCUGAAGCUGUUGCCAAAAAGCAUGCAUAAACUCACCCAGCUGGAGAGACUGGACCUGGGCAGCAACGAGUUCACUGAAGUGCCUGAGGUGCUGGAGCAGCUCACUGGGAUCCAGGAACUCUGGAUAGAUGGGAACAGACUGACAUUUUUACCAGGGAUGAUUGGCACCCUGAAGCAACUCUCCUACCUGGACGUGUCCAAGAACAACAUCGAGAUGGUGGACGAGCAAAUCUCGGGCUGCGACAGCCUGCAGGACUUGCUGCUAUCCAACAACGCCCUCACACAACUGCCUGGAUCAAUAGGCUCCCUGAAGAAGCUGACAACCCUGAAGGUGGAUGAGAACCAGCUCAUGUACCUCCCAGACUCCGUAGGGGGGCUGACCGUAUUAGAGGAGUUGGAUUGCAGUUUUAAUGAGAUUGAGGCUUUGCCCGCCGCUAUCGGCCAGUGUGUGAACCUGCGCACCUUCGCCGCUGACCACAACUUCCUGACCCAGCUGCCCCCAGAGAUGGGCAACUGGAAGAAGGUCACCGUGCUCUUCCUGCACUCCAACAAGCUGGAGCACCUGCCUGAGGAGAUGGGCGACAUGCUCAGACUCAAGGUUAUCAACCUCAGUGACAACAAGCUUAAGAACCUGCCCUUCACUUUCACCAAGCUCAGCCUGAUGACCGCCAUGUGGCUGUCUGAGAAUCAGUCCAAGGCGCUGAUCCCGCUCCAGAAGGAGGAGGACCCCGAGACGCAGAAGACGGUUCUCACCAACUACAUGUUCCCCCAGCAGCCCAGAGCAGAGGAAUAUGUGCCUAAUUCGGACAGCGAGAGCUUCAACCCAACCCUGUGGGAGGAGCAGAGGAAGCAGCGCGCUCAAGUGGCCUUCGAGUGCGACGAGGACAAGGACGAGAGGGAGACACCUCCACGGGAGGGUAAUCUGAAGCGCUACCCGACGCCAUACCCGGACGAGCUGAAGAACAUGGUGAAGACCGCCCAGUCUGUGGCCCACCGCCUGAAGGAGGAGGAGUCGGGGGAGGAGGGCCGUCCAGUGGGGGUCAACCACGUGGGCCUGCAGGACGUGGGGGUUAAGGUGAUCGAGGGGCCGUGUCCCAAUGGCAAGCCAGUGGAGAUGGAAGCCUCAGCGGUGACCGAGUCCCCCAGGGAGACGACGGACACUCAGGGCACCCCGAGAACCCCCAUGAACCCUGGAGAUGCCCCCCGAGCCACAGUCAACCAUGAGGACACACUGGAGGACUCCGAGGACCUGUCGUCAGAGGAGGAGGAGAUGAAGAUCGCCGAGAUGCGGCCGCCUCUCAUCGAGAUCUCCAUCAACCAGCCCAAAGUCCUGGCUCUCAGCAAGGACAAGAAAGACGACGGCAAGGAUGCUGAUUCGCUCCUCGACGACACGGUCGCCAACAGCAACCAGAACAACAGCAACUGCUCAUCUCCCUCGCGCAUGUCUGACUCCGUCUCCCUGACGACCGACAGCAGCCAGGACAACUCCCUCUGCACCCCGGAGAAGGAGGCCAAGAUGCACCUGUUACCUAAGAACAGGCCAGAGGACGAGAACCUGAACACGCUGCAGAAAGGCGGCCCGGUCCUGCAGAACUACAACGGCUCGGACACGGCGCUGCACACGCUGCUGAAGAACCAGCACGGCUACGCGCCGCCGGGCCACGACAUGGCCGCCUACGAGCUGACCGUGGAGGAGAAGCUGGCGCUCAUCGACAAGAGCAUGAACAACGGCGUGCCGCAGGCCUACAACAAGUGGGACCAGAUCAACAUGAACGUGGCCAAGAUGGCGCCCGACAACGGCACGCCGGCGCCGCUGACCCUGUCGCGGAACAACAACAACGCCUCGCUGGAGAACCUGGAGAACGGCAACGCGCCGCCGUCCAAGACGCCGUCCAGCGAGCGGCUGACCGAGCAGCAGCGUCCGGCGGCCGAGGAGCGGCUGACGAUGUUGCCGCCGCGCUACGAGACGGUGGCGAGCACGGCGUGCGCCGGCGUGACGGCCAGCGAGCAGCACGGCCUCUCGUACAGCACCGAGGAGCUGUCGCCCGAGCGACGCUGCGGACCGCCCGUCACCAAGUCGCUCAGCGUCACCAACAUGGACGCCGGCGGAGGCAUGCGCCUCUACGCCGUGGAGGCCGACGGCGGGAUGCUGACGUACGAGGCGGCGAUGGCGGCCGGCCGGCAGGGUCCGGCCGGGGCGGCGCAGGGCCAGAGCAUCGUGCGCUCCAAGUCGGCGUCGCUGCUGAGCGCCCAGCCGCUGCAGGUGCACCCGGGCUCCUCGGCCUCGUCCUCCGACCUGCUGUCGGCCGGACACAAGCAGCCGCCGCCGCCCGUCUCGGCACGCCCGCCGCCGCCGCAGUACAAGGUGCAGUACGCCAGCAGCGCCGUGCCCAAGGACGGCUGGUCCCCGCGCACGCCCGUGCCCCCCGACCAGGCCUACAUGCCCCCGCAGCACUCGCUGGCCAACACCAACUACUCCAACCGCAACCAGGCGCCACCCUACCCCAUGCCCCCACAACAACAACAACAACAACAACAACAACAGCAGCAGAUGUGGGCAAAGCAGGACCCGCGGCUGAUGCCCGCCCAGCGGAGCGGCCUCCAGCGCCAGUCCAGCAGCUCCUCGGCCGUGUCCAUGACGAUGGGAGAGCCGCGGCGGGUGGCCGUGCCCGAGGGCGACUACCUGAGCUACCGCGACCUGCAGGCCGGCCCCCGCGGGCCCCUGGCCGCCGCCAGCAUGGCCGGGCAGCAGCGCCCGCUCUCGGCGCGCACCUACAGCAUGGACGGCACGCCCGGGAUGCCGCGCCCGCACAGCGCCCGGCCCGCGCCCCACGAGCUGCCCGAGCGGACCAUGUCGGUCAGCGACUUCGGCUACGCCCAGGGCAGCCCCGGCAAGAGGCCUGGCCCGCGGGUGAAGUCGGAGCACUCGCUGCUGGACGGGCCGGUUGGCAUGGGCGCCGGAGGGGGCAGGGUGCCCGCUGACUGGAGGAACCAGGUGAUGCGGCACAUCGAGGCCAAGAAGAUGGAAAAGCAGGACGAGAUCCUCUGGGCAGCAGGGCCCCCAGCCUACCCCUCAGACCCACAGAGAAAAGUGCCUUUGAUGAACGGGCGGCCCCAGAUGUCGUGUGGUCAGCCUGGCAUGGCGCGCCACCCUUCACGGGAACAGCUGAUCGACUACCUGAUGAUGAAGGUCUCCCAGCACCCUCAGGCGCCACCACACCUCCCGCACGAGAUCCUACAGCAGGAGAUCCGUGUGAAGAUGGAGAAGAACCCCGAACUGGGCUUCAGCAUAUCAGGGGGGGUAGGAGGGCGGGGGAACCCCUUCAGACCAGAUGAUAAUGGCAUCUUUGUGACGCGAGUUCAGCCAGAAGGCCCUGCAUCUCACCUGCUACAGCCCGGAGACAAAAUCAUCCAGGCCAACGGUUACAGCUUCAUCAACAUCGACCACAGCUAUGCUGUGUCCCUGCUGAAGACCUUCCCCAACACUGUGGACAUGAUUAUCAUCCGUGAGAUGUCCGCAUAGACCCGCGCACCCCACGGAGACAAAUAGAGAGGGGGGGGGGGGCGACCAGGCGAACCAAACCUGAAUGUCAAUGUUGUUUUUAAAAAAAGAGCCAGCUGUCAAGAGACUGGCCGCUGGUGCUGGACAAGAGUGAGUGAGUUUUAAACCACUGGACUGCGGACAGUCGCAUGGAAGAGUGGAGCAUGUUUUUCAUUUUGAUCUUAUUUUUUUGUACAAACCCCUAAUAGAUACCUUCACUGUGGAACUGCUGUCGGCUAGUGUGGCCGGCAGCAGAGCAACUGUACAGAGACACUCUCUUGAGAGUUAUUAUUUUUUUGUAAUGAUGAUUCACCCUCAGCACUGACUGCAGAUCACCAACAGGGGGCAGGCUUUCCCUCUGCUUCCAUCCACGUACCUUUGUCACAAGCUUGACUUUGAAUUUAAAGGAGCGGAGGGCUUCCGUCGGGCUUGGUGGAGCGGUGUGUGGGAACGAGAGAACGUUGGAAUACUGGCAUGUGUUUACGGUGGACAGGCACGUCGAUCUGAAGGAACCCCGCUGGACAACUUGAGCCACAGCUAGGAAGUUGGGACCAGGGUCCCCUUCUCUCCUGUCCGACCCCGAUGGCUUACCUGCUUUCCCUCAGUCCCACCUGAACUGUGCAGUCCUUUUUCCUCACCCCGAUCCGCAUCUAUACCCACCCACCUGAAGAAACGGCACGGGAGACUUCAAGAGUACGCAAUAAGGAGAUUGUCGUGGAUGGGGAUUUAUUUUUGUCUUGUUUUCUUCCCCUCUUUCUUCCAUUUGGUUUAUGGAGUUGCUUUCUGUCUUCUGGGGCCCUACCUGCCUGGUCUCAGCGCUGGGAGGAGAGCAAGAGGGAGAACCCGCGGAGAAUGUGGAGGAGAAAUGUUUGAAGAAAAGGGAGCGGAGGAGGAGGAGGAGGAGGAGGAGGAGGAGAGGUGCGAGGGAGAAAACCAAAGUCUGCCAGAAGUCUGGAGCCUGAUGAAAGGAGGCAACCACCAUUUCUGGAAUAUUCUUGGAUGCAUUGGUUAGCCAGUCCUGUGUGUGUGUGUGUGUGUGUGUGUAUGUGUGUGUGUGACCGGGAUGCUCUAAAUGGUCUCUUGCCAUCCCAUGGGGUCCUAAAGGGCUUCCCUUCUCCACACUCACUCCUGUAUGUUUUUGUGUGAGAGUGAUGGACAAAGGAACAUACAUACACACGCAACACAUGUGUGAUCUGCCUUGCCGCUAAACUUUGGUCCAGACUGACCGGACGCCCCUGUCCUGUCCUCUCCUUCGUUGACUUGCUUCCUGUGACUUUUACUGUUGGUCAGACAAGUGCCAAGACCCCAGAGCUCAGCCAGGGAGGAAGAGGAAGGUGGCAUGAGCCCUUCAUCACCUGAGCAAUACUCACUCACCUGCAGAGCGCACAGCACAACAGGCUGGAACAGCAAUAGCAAGAGCUUUUAUUUUUUUUGUUCUGCAACAAAAGAGAUGUCUGUUAGCAUUUUUACAUACAUACAAACAAGAGACAAGACAAAAACAAAUAACAAAAAGGAGUUUAGGAGACAUCAGUUGUGAUACAGCAUUUUUUUAUGGCUACGUUUUAUAAGACUUUGCAGGAAUGAACUUUCUGCUCUUUUUUUUUAAAUGGCAAAGACAUUUGAGUAGACUGCAUAAAGCUCCUUUGCCUUCCCCCACAACCUGCCCUGUAUCACGAAAGCCUCCCUGAUGAGCGAGCAGAGUCAUUCAUGUCCAUCGCUGAACACAUACACACUCAGACACACAUACAUACACACUCACACACACAUACACACACACACACGCCGACCCCCGAGCUGAACUGGUGUAACACUGAGAGGCGAUCUGCCUGCAAAGCUGAGCCGGGCUGUUGGAGGCUCACAGGUGACUGUGCAGAGACCACAGCAACGUGAAGACUUCUGUGGUGUGUGGCGUGUGAUCUGAACUGAACUGAACUGACUGCAUGAAGAAACAAUGGGAUUGUAUUUUUGUACUGUUAUUUUCUUUUUGUUUUGUUUUUCUUUUUACUGCCUGUUUUCAAAGCAGGCCACACAAAUCCUUAGAAAAGAUCAAAUUCACAAAUGUUGAAACCAUCAGAUGAUUAUAACUUUUAUUUUGUAUGCAAGAAGCACUGUUGAUUUUAUAAUAAGUGUACAUUUGUAAUGACAUCGUGUUGGAGUAUGGUAAAGAAUGUUUUGAAAUUUCAUGUUCACGUAAUGGCAUCACAGAACUGUCUGCUCUCUGUAUGAGUUUGUGUGUCAAUGUUCAGUGUGGGAGUUUUAUCUCUCAUACAUACACCCACACACAACUGUGUGUUGCUUCAUCACAGCAGGCCUACAUUCAGCGAGCAUUCACUCGAGAUGGGUGUGGUCUGUUGUCCCCAUGACGUGGUGAUGUGCCGUGGGCCGUCACUCUGCUUGGACGGUUCUCAUAUCAUGGUUCAUUUCUUGGGGUGGGGAAAGGGGGUACAUAUAAAUUUGAAUUUUGAGUGACCAAUUUUCUUUCUUUUUUUAAAACUUUUAAAACAUUUUAACACUUUUUGUUGUGGGCACUGCAUCCUCUGUGUUUAUGCUUGUUUGAAAGAUAUCAUUUUAUUGGGAAAUAUUCCUGUAACUGUCAUAUUUUUAUAUCUUUUUUUUCUCAUUGCAAACAACAGAUGUGUACAGAUGAAGACAAUCUGGGCCUAAACCUGUGGUAAUAGUCUGCCAUCUUUAAACAAACCCUCCUUUUUAUUUAUUUAGCUUCUUCCAGUAGAGAGAAAAGGAAAAAAAAUAAUCAAAUGUAAAUACUUUUACAAAGUUAAAAAGGUGAAAUUCGCCUUGGCAUUAGUUAAUCUGAAUUGAUGAAACCAGCAAUAAUUGUGUGAUCCUGGAGUGACCCAUAGUCAUCUUAGAGCUCACGGUGAGGAGGGUCUGCAAGCAGCUAGAGAUGAGGUGAUCAGUAUGCAUUUACUCAACAUUCCAGAUUUUGUACAUAAUUACACAGUUUCUGAGGUAACCUGUGGAUAAUGAUGAAUAAACUAAUGCUCUUAAAAUGAAA